AUGGUCAUUUAGCAUCCACAAAUGUUCUAAUAGGUUCUAAGCUUUAUAUGAUGGGCGGUAUAAUAGGUUCUCGUCUUGAUUCUACUUUUUUUUAUUACGAUUUUUCAAUUCCUUUUGAUGCUUCGUUUCCGUCAUAUAAGUCUCUCGAUCCGAUCCCUGUUUAUACUGCAUGGGGAACUGCAUCUGUUGGAGGAUUAACCAUGUCUGAAAUAUUUUUGUUUGGUGGUAUAAUGAAUAAUAAAAAUGAUAGUAGUUUAAGCAAAAAUUUAAUUUAUUGCUUUAAUACUAUUAAUCGAACUUGGACAGCUCCAAAAAUUUCAGGAGUUCAACCACUAAGACGUAGAGAAGCUUCUUCUACUUUUAAUCCUAAUAAUGGAUGGAUAUAUAUUUUUGGUGGAUCAACAGUCAAAAUUAGUAACUUUAAUGACACCUUGUUUUUUAACGAUUUUAUCGUACUGGAUUCAGUUGAUUUAUCUUGGGUUAAUAUUAAAUCGCCUUUAAACGCAACCACACCAACAAGAAGAGCUUAUCAUACUGCAACGCUCAUUAGGAAUGGUUAUAUUGUUAUUAUUGGUGGAACUGAAAUGACUGAUGACCGUAUUCUCCAAGAUGCUGACAUUAAUCAGAUUUGGUUAUAUGAUACUAAUUCGGGAACAUGGACGUAUCAAUUCGCCGAAGGUGAUAAAGUUACUGCACGCGGUGGUCAUACAGCUGUUUUAGCACCUAAUGGAAAUAUUAUCAUUUAUGGUGGUAAUCCAAUUAUUUUUGCAGCGUAG